UGCAUCUAAUUAACAACAGGACAAUUACAUCUUUAUUGGGACAAAAAUAUCACAUUGUAAACAGAUUCUGAGCCAAAAUUGUGUGUUUUGCAGUUAGACAUUUUUUUUUACUGUGUUGCCUUGUUAUUCAUUUUACUUCAUAUACAUGGUUCUGUAAGGAAAUGUUACAGAAAAGCUCUUUGAUGCUUAGUGAGUAAAAAUAUGCAUGAUGUGGUAACAGCAUACAGUAAAAAACAAUUAACAUCUUCAAUCUUUCACAUCUUUUAUUCCUCUCUCUGUUUAGGUACUGCUUCCCUGCAGACUUCACUGUAGAUUAUCUCAGUUUUACUGGGAGUAUUUUGUUUUGAAGGCACAUAAACAAAGCGUCAAAGCUUUGGAUCAGGAAACAAACGUCCUCCAUCUCCAGAUUGUCAGAUUUGUGGUCACUUGGAAUUCCUUUUUUCCUGAAAAGUGCUUUAGCCUACAAAUAUACUCGCCUCGCCUGAGGGAGAUGCUUCAAAAUCCUCCAGAUACGCACAGCCUCCAUCCAAUGAGUGUCUGGUUGACAAGUGUGCGAAUAAGUCAAAGGUAGGGGGAGACAUCAGAGAAGAAAAGGCGUAGCUAUAACAACGAAAAUCCUCCCUGAAGCCUUCCUCCUCCUCCUCCUCCUUUUUUCCCAGCGGUGCCUCUUGACGCUCUCUGUCUCUGUCAGUCUGCCCGUUAUGUAGUGUAAGCGGAGUGUAAUUUAAUCCUUAAGAAGACUGACAGAGAGCAGAAGGAGCAGAGAAAAGGAAAACAAGAAAGAUUCCUGUGGGUCAUGUAAGAAAAACAAGCACCUCCACCAGCCACUGUCCCCCGGUUUCGUCCUCCAGUGUUUUUGCGCGCAGCGGAGAGAUGGGAGCGGUGCGCCCGGAGCGGAGCGCUCUGCCGCGGCUGUGCCUCCCCCUCCUCCUGCUGCUGCCGCUGGGCUUCCCCGUCUCCACCGCCUGGGACCUGGUUCUCCUCCACACCAACGACGUGCACGCCCGGGUGGAGGAGACCAGUAAGAACUCUGGGACGUGCGGCAAAAGCGGCGAAUGUUUCGCCGGAGUUGCCCGGAGAGCCACGAUGGUCAAGAGGAUCCGCAACGCCGAGAAGAACGUGCUUCUGCUGGACGCCGGAGACCAGUUCCAGGGGACCGUCUGGUUCAACUUCUACAAGGGCGCCGAGGCUGCGCAUUUUAUGAACAAACUGCAUUAUGAUGCCAUGGUUUUUGGGAAUCACGAGUUUGACAACGGACUGGACGGACUCAUGAAACCGUUCCUGCAGCAGAUCCAGUGUCCGAUUGUCAGUGCUAACAUCAAAACAGACAAAGCUCUGGCCCCGACAUUUGGCAAAUAUUAUCAACCAUAUAAGAUACUUAAUGUUAGCAGUGAGAGGGUGGGCGUGGUAGGAUACACAUCACGGGAAACGCCUGCUCUGUCCAAGCCAGGACCACACCUGCAGUUCGAGGAUGAGGUGAAAGCACUGCAGCUGGAGGUGGACAAACUGCAGACGCUGGGAGUCAAUAAGAUCAUCGCUCUGGGUCACUCCGGCUUCACCGUCGACAAGGAGAUCGCCAAGAAGGUGCGUGGUGUUGACGUCGUGAUCGGCGGACACACCAACACUUUCCUCUAUACAGGACCUCAUCCUUCUAAUGAAGUCCCUGCAGGUCCUUAUCCAUUCAUGGUGACCUCAGAGGAUGGGCGGAAGGUUCCUGUUGUGCAGGCCUAUGCCUUUGGAAAAUAUCUGGGUCGUCUGGACGUAACAUUCGAUGAAGCUGGAAAAGUACUGCGUGCUGAAGGCAACCCCAUCCUGCUGAACAGCAGCAUCCCGCAGGAUCCAGAUAUUCUUGCUGAAGUGGAGGAAUGGAAAAAAAAAAUGGGAGACUACUCAGCUCAGGUGGUGGGAAAGACUCUGGUCUUUCUGAAUGGGAGCACUGAGGAGUGUCGCUUUCGUGAAUGCAACCUGGGAAACCUCAUCUGUGAUGCCAUGCUUGACAACACCAUUGGAUUCAAAGACGGGCUCCAGUGGAACCACGUCAGUGCCUGCAUCUUCAACGGAGGAGGCGUCCGUUCAUCUAUUGAUGAACAUACCAGGAACGGUUCGAUCACCAUGGAGGACCUUAUCGCCGUUUUACCCUUCGGAGGAACGUUCGACCUGGUGGUGCUGAAGGGCUCCACGCUGCGGAAAGCUUUCGAACACUCAGUGAGACGAUACGGCCAAAGCACCGGAGAGUUCCUACAAGUGUCCGGGUUUCAGGUAGAGUUUGACCUGUCCAAACCUCCGGACCAUCGUGUAAAGACUCUCAACAUCCUCUGCACAAAUUGCCGCGUUCCUCACUACGAGCCUGUUCAGGAUCAAUUGCUUUAUAAAGUGGUGCUGCCGUCCUUCAUGGUGAGCGGAGGAGAUGGAUUCUCCAUGAUAAAAGAAGAGAUGCUCAAACAUAACAGCGGGGAUUUGGACAUUUCAACUGUGUCAAACUACAUCAAACAAAGGAAGCAAGUUUAUCCGUAUGUUGAAGGACGCAUUAAGAUCUACAACUCAGCCUCUGGACUUUGGGGACAAACCACUCCACUGGUUUUACUGGUUUCACUGGGGCUGCUCUGGACUUUGUGGGGGAGCAAUUAAAAGUUGAAAUCACCCAGAAACAGGAGAGGACAGAAAAACAGGUUUUAUAAACUGCGUGUGAACUUGGACAAAAUAAUCCUACAGAGCUGAAAACCUGUUUUGAAAUUUAUUGCAAUCCUAUCUUAACAUCCUUUUAAACCAUAAAAGAAGCUCUAUUAUACAAAUUCUCUGAAACAAUGUGGUUGGGAGUGUCUUUAAACUCCAUUUGGACAAAAACUACAGCUGAAUGUUUGAGCUAACAGCGUCCGAGAAGCUGCAGUUCCUCUAACGACCACUAGAUUGCAGCUCCAAGAACACUCAGACUGUUUUGCGUUUGGCAGGAAAUCCACAAAUUUCUAUCUAGAAACACGAAAUAAAGAUCUUUAUACAAAAAACUGAGGUGUUGUGGUUUUACGACUUCUUGCGAUAUCGAUAGGUAAGUAUUGUGACUUCAAGAAAAGUAUGGUGUGUUUGUGCUCUUUUCCCAUAUUUGGAUUUUCUGGCUCCAGUAAGUUAAUUCAAAGCUUCAGAGAGUCAAUUCAUAAUAGUUAGAGCAACUAACAAUUCUUUUAGUUAUUGAUUAAUCUGCCAAUUAUUUUUUCAAUUAAUUGAUUCAUCAUUUUGUUUAUAAAACAUGUCAAAAAACAGUGAAAAUGUGCGUCAUAAUGUCUUAGAGCCAAAGGUGAUGUCUGCAAAUGUCUUUGUUGUGUUGUGUGUGUGAUCAAGAGUGCAAAAUCCGAAGAUAUUUAGUUUACU